AAUAUUCAAUGAUAAAUUAUUUAUCCUCGUCGAUUCCUACUUAGUUUUCUUGUCUUGAAACUGAUCCUGAUCGGUAGAUAGAAAAAUUUAGUGAAAUCGACGUGAUGUUGAAAAUAUUCGUUUCCUUGUUGCUUUCGAGCAGCGUCUUUGGCGAAACCAUAGAUAAACUACACCCGCUUUCCAUCGAAUUCAUCGACGCGAUAAACAGACAACAGAAUACGUGGAAAGCGGGGAAAAAUUUCGACGAAAAUACCCCGAUGAGCGAAAUUAAAAAAUUAACGGGUAGUUUGAAAUCGAACUUCAAAUUACCAAUCAAACACCAUAAAACCGAUGUGGAAAUACCGGAUUCGUUCGAUUCCGCCGAACAGUGGCCCCAAUGCAAAGACGUCAUCGGUACAAUAACCGACCAAUCGGCUUGCGGUUCUUGUUGGGCGGUAGCCGCAGCUUCCGCUAUGAGCGACAGGCGUUGUAUUAAAUCCAACGGGGAACUAAAAGUGCCGGUAUCAUCUGAGGACUUGUUGGCGUGUUGCAGUUUCUGCGGUUUAGGUUGCAACGGCGGUUUCUCUUCUAUGGCUUGGUUGUAUUGGAAGGCGGAGGGUAUAGUUACUGGAGGGCUUUACAAUUCCACCGACGGAUGUAAAUCGUAUUCGAUGUUGCCGUGCGAACAUCACACCGUCGUCGGUCCCAGACCGCAAUGUACCGAUUACGAUUUCAGUACACCGUCUUGUAACAAACGAUGUGACAACAGCGCUUUGGUAUAUAAUGACGAGCUCACUUUCGGCGAUGGUUUUCCGUACACUUUAAACAACGCCGAAGAUAUUCAGAGAGAAAUUUUGCAACACGGUCCUGUCGAAGCUACCUUUAACGUUUACGAAGAUUUUCUGUCGUACAAAUCAGGUGUAUACAGUUAUACCAUGGGUAGUUUGAUUGGAGGACACGCCGUAAGGAUAGUGGGAUGGGGUGUCGAAAACGACCUACCCUAUUGGAAGGUGGCGAAUUCAUGGAAUUACGAUUGGGGCGAAGAGGGUUACUUCAAGAUCGUUAGGGGUAGAAACGAAGUGGGUUUCGAAAGUGAUAUCAACGCCGGUCUAGCGAAUAUUUAA